AUGAAUAUUAGAAAAACUUCAGGUUUCUAUGAUUUGUGCGUCAAUGUAUCUCCAAAUGAAGUACAAAAUUUAUAUCCCAUUUUACAUAGAUUAUACGAAUACGGUAAAAAAAAAAGAAAGAAAAAUGGUGAUAGUGAUCUACCAGAAAUAGUGGACAUAGACAACGUAAGAAAAGAAUUUGAUGGAAAAUUGAAAAUAUUAAAUCGAAUUACCUUUUUUUGCGCUGAUUUUGCAAAGACACAUAUACUGAAUCAUUGUUCUAGUUUGAAAAAAUAUGAUUUAUAUGCUUUUGUCCCAAAGACACAAAAUGCUUUACAAUUCGCAUGUACUCAAUUGAAUGCAGAUAUAAUUACUCUAAGACCAAAUUCAGUGUCAUUUAAACUUAAUAAGAAAUUGUACGAUCAAGCAAUUGAAAGAGGAAUUCAUUUUGAAAUACAGUAUAUAGAUCUAUUAAAUAUCGAAUUUAGAAAAACGACUAUUCACUAUUCUCAUCUAUUUCAUACAUAUGGGAAAAGUAAGAAUGUAAUAUUAUCCAGUGGUUCAAAUGACAUUAAAACAAUACGAAAUCCUUAUGAUCUUAUAAAUUUGGCAUGUUUAUUGGGUUUGAACGAAGUUCAAGCAAAAGCUUCAAUAUUACAUCAAUGUAAAAGACUUUUGUUACGAGCAGAAAGAAGACAUAGAGGAAAAGCUGCUUUUAUCAUUGAAGAUUGCACAAAAAAAGGAAGUGUAAUUGAAGAAGAUUCACAAUGUCUAAAAAGAUUAAAAGCAUAA